AUGGCCAACAAGAAGGCGAGGCAGCGGAUUAGUUAUGUCCUGCCACUCGCGAACUCUCCCGGCGGACAUCGACUAGGAGUGAACGGCCUCGCUGUCGACCGCGAUCAAUCGAUCCUCUAUUCAGGUGGAAGAGAUGGUGCGAUUUGUGCCUGGAAUUUGAAUCUCGACCUGAAGACGCCAAUUUCCUCCGAGAAUCCUUUCGAUUCCCCCGACGACCCUACUUCAGAGACGAGCUCGAACACCCAAACCUCUACAACCUUCCGCGCGCAAACCCAGGCACACACUCACUGGGUCAAUGAUAUUGUUCUUGCGCAGAACAACACUGCUCUGGUAUCGGCUUCUUCUGAUCUGACAGUCAGACUAUGGCGACCAUUAUCAAACGAAUCUGAGGCUCCUCAGACCAUUGGACAACAUGCCGACUACGUUAAGUGUGUUGCGACAGCAGGUCCGCAAUCAGAUUGGGUUGCUUCUGGAGGACUGGAUCGACGGAUAUGUCUCUGGGAUCUUAGUGGGGCAGGAAAGAAGCUCGAAAUAGAAGUUGGAGAUGAGGAGAAGAGCGAGAAGGGUUCAGUCUAUGCCUUGAGCGUGAGCCGUAGCAUUCUUGCGAGCGGUGGUCCAGAAUCAAUUGUGCGAUUAUGGGAUCCAAGGACAGGAAAAAGAGUCACCAAGUUUGUCGGCCAUACGGAUAACAUCAGAGAUAUCCUUGUGAACGAGAGCGGAGACACUAUCAUGACUGCUAGCUCGGACCAGACAGUCAAAGUCUGGAGUGUUACAGCUGGACGAUGCAUGCACACUUUGACUAUGCACAACGACAGUGUCUGGUCGUUGUUCUCUGAUGAUCCUGAUCUGGGUGUAUUUUAUAGUAGUGAUCGAUCUGGCUUGGUUGUGAAGACUGAUGUCAGAGGUACUCUUGGAGAGAUGGACGACGGACUUUCUCUUGCUGUUGCUCAUGAAAAUGAGGGAGUGAACAAAGUCAUUGCUUGCGGAGAGCACAUCUGGACUGCUACGUCAAGUUCUUCCAUUAAUAGAUGGACCAAUGUCGAUACCGGAUCCGACAUCCAGUUGCCAGAGGCCUACAGACACCACAGAGCUUCCAGCGCAGCUUCUCGUCCAAGGCACCUGUCGCCACCUACGUCCAGUGAAGCGCCGAAGAAAGAAAUACCUUCCCAGUCAAUUUUGAGAAUUUCAAACACUGCCAGCUUCCCAGCGCCAGCUGCGAGAGACGCUGAUGCUACCACGACAUACUCAACUCUGAGCGGAACUCGAAAGGCCUCAGAAGUUAUUGUAGACCCUGAUAUCGGUGUCAUCGUCCCUAUUAAUGCACUACCGGAAGAGACCAUCGAGGGCCAACAUGGUCUGGUGAAGCAUAAACUGCUGAACGACCGUCGGAGAGCUUUGACUUUGGAUACAGCAGGUGAUGUGUUGCUAUGGGAUCUUCUGAAAUGUAUUCCAAUAAGAUCAUUUGGCAAAAGGCAUCUUGAGGACGUCGAGCCUGAGGUCAACACAAUGGAAGCAGUCGCUCCCUGGUGCUCAAUUGAUACUCGAACUGGACGACUUGCUGUUGUUCUGGAAGAGUACAACUGUUUCGACGCUGAAAUGUAUGCGGAUGAGCUUGAACUAGAGGAGCCUGUUGAGUUCAGAGACGACCAGCGAAUCAAUCUUGGAAAGUGGAUUCUUCGUCACAUCUUCUCAAAUCUCGUUGAUGAGAUGAUUAAACGAGAUGAGGCGUACCGCAAAGAGCUCAAUGACAAUAUCAAGAAGAGUGGUAGGGCAAAUGCACCCACCUCGAUUCAGCUCCCUACAGUUGGAGGUAGUUGGCCGGAUAACUCUGCUUUGACACCCAAGGGCAACGGACACUCAUAUCCCAUGACACCUGGAAUGGGCAUCGGCGUUGCGACUCCCGCCCCUCUGAAUCAUCUCCCUGGAGUUCCCGAAGACGGUGCACCUCUAGACAAACGAGCAUCUCAAGCGAGUCGUACAUCUGCCGAGAAGACCGGCGAUUACUUCUCUAGUGCUCCGCUUCCUACUGAAGCCAAUUCUAAGCCAGCCGCGGAAACUCAUGAAGCUCCUCCAAAAUCACCUUCAGAUGCCGACAAAGAGACUAAUGGGAAGGACAGCAACACCCUUUUUGGGAAGAAGUUCCGCAUGGGCAUGGGCAGCAUGUCAUUUGGCAGCAAGAAACUUGGCAGGUCUGCAUCUACAGCGACAGCAGAGAAGCCUGUUGUAGUUGAUGAGAAAGUCGAAGAUGGCUCUGAAACUUCAGAUAGUGGAGAGAAGGAGAAGGAGGUGGACGACAGUUUCCAUGGAAUUGUCCAGAAAAUUCACAAUGAGUACGAAAAAGCACUCCUUGAGAACCCUGAGGCCCGAGUCGAGAGUGGAAUCACUCCCAGCUUGCCGAAUGAGACGCCCGUCUUGAAGCCUCCGCCAAUGACGACUGUUAUCAUCCAAGAGGAGACAUCGGGAGGUAGUGCGGACUUGUACAGAGGAACCAUAGCUACCGUUGGAGAAGAUGCGACUUUGAUUGCAGAAAGAGCACCGAUGUGGCUUGGUGAUCUACUUUUGCGGAACAGGAUUCCAUUGAAGGAACCGGUCAAGGUCUCCUUCGUUUUGCAGCCAUGGCAAGAUCAGCUACCAAGCAUCGCUGGCCCAGAUGGGAACUCCCGUCUGAACGCCAACAGAAUGCUCAGAGUAAAGAAGAUAUUGGCAUAUGUUGCAGAGCGAAUUGAAGCAGCUCCAGAGCAGCCAGAUCCAAAUGCUCUACGGCCAGAAGAAUACCUCGAGCUUUAUUGCUACGAUCAAAAAUUGCCAAUCACAAUGAGCCUUGCUACUCUUCGUGCUCACAUUUGGAAAGGAGGAGCGGAUGUUAUGCUUUACUACAAGAGUAAUGGAAAGAAAUCUAUCGCCUAUCAGAAGGCACCAGAAGCACCAUCAGAAGCAUCAGCAGCGACAACAACAUCCAGCGCAUAA